UGAAAAGGGUAACAGGUUGAAAGCUCUCCCCAAAGUCGACCAUUUAAUGCCAUCAGUACACCUAAUAAUAUUCUUGGGAAGUCGCCAAUCUUUCCUUAGUCACCAAUUUCGGCGUCGUCUCCCAGAUAACCUGAGAAAUCAGUUCAGCUACAAUAUGCCUACACAGAAAUCUCUCAUUGAAGAUGCGCGACCAGAUAUGGCGGGCUAUGAGACCUUGUAUAAGUACAUACACAAACACCCCGAGUUGUCUCAUCAAGAAGCUGAAACGGCAUCAUUGAUCGUUCGACAAUUGAAGGCAUUGAGCGCCAAUUUUGAAAUUCGGACAGGGAUCGGAGGCCACGGAUUAGUCGCAAUCUUGCGAAAUGGGCCAGGGUCAACUGUUUUACUGCGCGCAGACUUCGAUGCUCUUCCCGUGGCUGAGAAGACCAACCUUGAAUAUGCGAGUGUUCGAACACAGAUUGACAGCAGCGGAAAGGAAACUCCAGUCAUGCACGCCUGUGGACACGAUGUUCAUGUUGUGUGUUUGUUGAUCGCAGCUGAGACACUCCUGAAGAUGCGCAAGUCUUGGACCGGGACUAUCGUCUUCCUCUUUCAACCGGCUGAAGAGGCGGGAGAUGGAGCUCGAGGAAUGGUCGAGGAUGGCCUGUUUGACAGUGCUCGACACAAUUGCCCAAUCCCGGAUAUUGUGCUAGGUCAGCACGUUGCUCCUAUUCCAGCGGGAAUGGUUACCUCCAAAAGCGGUGCUAUCAUGAGUUCGUCCGACAGUAUGAAGGUCACUAUCUAUGGUCGAGGGGGGCACGGUAGUAUGCCGCAUCGAUGCAUAGAUCCGAUUGUUAUUGCCAGUCAUAUUGUCGUCCGCCUUCAGACUAUUGUAAGUCGCGUGGUUCCUCCUGACGAAGUUGCCGUUAUCACAGUUGGAGCAAUCCAUGCUGGCGAGGCUGAGAAUGUUAUCUGCGAUCAUGCCUUUUUUACUAUCAACGUCCGCACUCUUUCUGAUGAGGUUCGAUCUACUGUUCUGGAGCAUAUUCGCAAGGUUAUCGAGAGCGAGUGCGACGCAGGCUUUUGUGAGAAACCACCGUCGAUCGAACAUCACAUGAGCGUCCCUGUCACCGACAAUGCCCACGCCACCGAGAGCAAGUUGCAGCAGACAUUUAGGGAUCUUUUUGGACCUGAGUUCUUUGUCGCACCCAAGAGCAGUCUAGCUAGCGAAGACUUUAGCAUUCUUGCAUCUUCAAUUGGAAAGCCGUAUUGUUUCUGGCUAUUCGGCGGGACAGAUAGAGAGCUCUGGAAUUCUUUGCUGUCCAAAAGUCAACUGGAUAAAGUCCCUAUCAAUCAUAGCGCGCAGUUUGCUCCAGCAAUCCAUCCAACACUUCAAACCGGAGGCGAUGCAAUGACAGCUGCAGCGCUCACUUUUCUGGAUAUAUCAUGAUAGCUGUUAUUGACAAAGUGGAUUAUAUAUUUCUGACUUCAUACUAGGAUCAGAUUUUAUACUCGGCUAGUUACCUUCCACUCUCGCCUCAUGUCCUGCUCUAUAGUAUCUACUACCGUAAUAAUAACUAGUCCCUGAGGCUUCU